AGGCGGUAGUAGGUGGGACUCCUUUGGGAACGACCAAUUGACUUUUGGCAUUGAACGGCCAAUAAAACGGCAAAGCGGCAAGCAUGAGAUGGCGGAGUCGGUUUUGAAGGGAGAUCGGAGAGCCUGCAGCGAUGCCAUUUGCAGUUUUGUUAUCUGCAAUGACUCCUCCCUUCCCCACCAACCGAUAAUUUUCAAUCCAGACUUCUUUGUUGAGAAGCUGCGGCAUGAGAAACCUGAGGUGUUCACAGAGCUUGUGGUCAGUAACAUCACCCGGCUGAUUGACCUUCCUGGAGCAGAGCUGGCUCAGUUGAUGGGAGAGGAGGAUCCACAGCUUCCUGGUGGGACCGGCAUAGCCUCUGGGUUUUUCCGUUCCUUGAUGUCUCUGAAACGCAAAGAGAAAGGCUUGGUGUUUGGAGCUCCUUUGACUGAAGAAGGCAUUGCUCAAAUAUCUCAACUGAUUGAGUAUCUGCAUAAGAAUCUGCGGGUGGAAGGCUUGUUCCGAGUGCCAGGAAACAGCACCAGGCAGCAGAUCCUGAGAGAAGCCUUGAACAGUGGGACAGAGAUUGAUUUGGAUUCUGGGGAGUUUCACUCCAAUGAUGUUGCCACUGUGCUGAAAACAUUCCUUGGGGAAUUACCAGAGCCCCUACUAACCCAUAAGCAUUUCCGUGCACACCUCAAGAUUUCAGACCUGAUGCAGUUUGAUGACCAGGGCAACAAGACCAGCAUACCAGAUAAACAGCGUCAGAUUGAAGCACUGCAGCUGCUCUUCCUAAUCCUACCACUCCCGAAUCGUAACUUACUAAAGCUGCUCCUGGAUCUCCUUUACCAGACUGCAAAGAAACAGGACAAGAACAAAAUGUCAGCUCACAACCUGGCUCUUAUGUUUGCACCUCACAUUCUGUGGCCUCGAAAUGUGACUGCCAGUGACCUGCAGGAGAACAUUGCCAAGCUGAACGAUGGGAUAGCUUUCAUGAUUAAGCAUUCACAGAAAAUCUUCAAAGCUCCAUCAUACAUCCGGGAGUAUGCCAGACAGUAUUAUUUGGGCUCUAGAACACAUGCCUCCAAGGAUGACAUGGACUUGCCCAUGCCCCGAGGUUUCAGGGACUUCCAGCUCCUAAAGUUCAAGAAGCAAGGACUGUUGGAUCCCUCUGCCCACCAGGAAGAGACACAUCAGCAUACAGAGGAGGCACUGAAAGAGCUGUUCUGCCAUGUUCAUAAUAUGCCAGACUCUGCCAAGAAAAAGAAACUAAUUCAACAGUUUCAAAAGCACUCUGAAGCUCUCACUCCUGGACCAGACAAACUCACACCUCAGAAGCGAACACGCACCCGUUCUUUCAGUGGGCUCAUCAAGCGUAAGGUGCUGGGAAGUCAAGUGUCCUUGGACAAAAAAGGGAAAAAUACUGUUUUGGAACCAGAGGGCACUGAGGAUCCAAACUAUGGCAGUAAGGAGAAUGUCAACAUGUUACAGAAAUCUGGUUCCUCUCCAACAAUCAAUGUGAUUCGAGCAGUCUUUGAGCACAGGAAAGAGGACACCUGUAAACAUACUCGAUCUCAUGGGUGUUCAGCAGAGGAGUCUUCGAUUUGAGCAUCCACUUGAUGAUUUCUGUGUGCAGCAAAGACUCACAAACUUGUGAAUAAUGCCUGCUCCUCCAAGCUGUGAGCAAACAUCUGUGCCAGAGUUCCCUGAUCCCUUUAACUCCAUUUACUGGAGCCUGGCCAACUACUGAGUGUUUGCUAGAACAAAACAUUCUUCCACUGAGCAUGGAGAAAACCACUAUCUAACUAUCUGUCUGAAAUGCAACUGGGCUGGACAAGAUAUGCAUUGUAGCUUGUUUUAGGAGAAGCUGUUGUUGUUUACUGCUUGUCCUCUUUGUCACCUCUUUGGGACUGAACCAGACUGGCUUAUGUCUUCCUGUUUCUUGGUGGCUUGUUUGUCACCACACUUCUAAUAUUUGCUAUUUAUCUCUCAAUCCUAUUAACAUCCACAGUGGAGUCAGGUUUUCAGCCCUUCUUGGCAGCUAUACUUAUUUUUUAGAUUUGGAAGUCUCUCUAUUGUGGCUAUUGAUGCGGUUGAAGAGCUUCUACAAAUUGCCUUCUUAGUUACAUUCUAGUAUGUGCUGUAAAUCACCUGCAAAGGUUUAAUCUUUUAAAGGUUCUUUCUCUGCUCAAAAUGGUUCUGUCACAUCUAGAUGCCUUCACUGCAUGCCCUUGCUCCUCCGCCAUCAGUGCUGAUACCACAGGUGCAGUGUCGGCUGAAGGGCUGCCAGAUGGAAUCUUCCUUGUGGCCUGCUAUCUAUCAUCUUCACAUUGGCUGUGGCCCAGGUUUUGACACAGUCUGACAAGCUGAUGGCUUAAUGGCUUUAACAAUGUAUCUGAAGAACACUAAGAAAGAAGAGCUUGUUAAUAUGAAAGGAAACUUUCUUUCACUUUGAGAAGCAGAGAACCUGUUGAAACAUUUCCCUUUUCCCCCUGUCAUCAAGUGGACAGGGGGAAAGUUUUGCAGUAUUGUGGCUGUUUGGAAGGAAGAUUGGCCACAGUAGCACUGACAGAGAUGUGAAGCUGUUUUCUUUUUCUUAAGGAAGCAGGGGUUUAUCGAGGUGAACAUCCAGCAACCCUAUAAUAGCAGCAUACAGCCCUCAGUAAUGUUAAGUAACACGAAUUGCAAAGACAGCAGAAUAACUUGGUUUGGCUUAAUACUAUAUUUCCCUUUCCCUGGAGCUUCCAUUUGUCUAAGGUGCAGGGGGAAAUUGGCCACAAGUCUUGCUAUGCUCUUGAGAAUGCAGCAGAUACAUGGAUUCAUUAAAUGAGAAGAGUGUGUAUGUGUGUGAGUUAAAGAGCAGACUUGAAAGGCUGGAUCAGGAACACAUCAGAUAUUUAUUGUAUAUACAGACAGCAAAUACAAUAUCACAGAGACUCAAACACAGCCAAAGAAAAAGCAGUGGGGAACAUGUAUCAUGGUGAAGUCAUAGCAGUGAUUGAGGAGAUGAUAAUAAAUGUGUGCAGGUGUGGUGUUGCAGUUGUUGUAGAUGAAAGCAGCUUAAGCCAAAAAUUAUCCUCCCCAAGGUACACUGUGUCUGUAUGGUGGAGAAGAUGCAAGAUUGACAGGGAUCUAACAGGAAAGUGAAAACCCUUUUUGUACAGAUCCAACCAGCAUUUCUGAAACAUUCCUGAAUGAAAUGAGAACUAGCCAUUCUGUUUUCAAAUCUAGAGUGAGGCCAUUCAAACAGAACUGAGAUUUUUUGUAAAUGGGAUCUCUAAAAUGGCUGCCAAUUUUCUCAUGAUUCUUGAUCCAGCGAAAACUGUCCCAUGAAUUCAGCAAACAGUAGGGAAAUUUUAUAAAGCCACUUACUCCCAGAUCUAUUAAAGAGGUCAUUCAGAUUUUAGCAACAUUGGAUGUGAAAGCUACUCCACUUUUAAGCACAUUGUGUCCAUUGCAGCUUCUGAACACAGAGCUGCUGCCCAGAGUUUUAAUGUUCUGUUGGUCUCAUUCUGGUUGUCUGUGACUCUCAUUUUUCUGUUUCGUGUAUGUAAUGUGUUUGUGUUCUUGGUAUAUUGCCCUCUCUGUUAAUGUGAAACUUCUGCAUUAAAUACUCUUUGGUAUUUGUGGCUUGUUAA